AAAAAAAGAAAAGAAUAUAAGGAAAAAAAAAAAAAAAAAAAGAAAAACCAGUCAGAGGACGACUUUUUAAGACGUUUCUAUUACACGAACUGUAAAGCACUAUAUGCACUUUCAAUGAAAAAAGUUGUGUCAGAAAUGAUGCUUAUUAUCUUUCAGUCGAUGUAGCUUUUUCAUACUCUCGUGUACAGAUUUGCUUUUCAUUUUUUUUCUUUCAGUUUCGCUGAUGUCGGUGAUCCAAAUUGAUUCUUAUCCAAUGAUAACCGUUAGAGCCUUUUUUUUCUUAUUCGAUCCAUUGGAUUUUAGUCGCCGCUCCAUGAGUCAAAUCAACUUCGUUUUUCAUUUCAAUAUGUGCGGUAUCUUUGCUGUUUGUAACUAUCAAGGCGAUGUCGAUGCUUAUCGUCAACGUGCCCUUUACCUCUCCAGAAAAAUCAGACACCGUGGUCCUGAUUGGUCCGGUUGUCACGUUGCUAAGAACAACAUCUUUUGUCACGAACGUUUAGCCAUUGUUGGUGUUGAUUCUGGUGCUCAACCUCUUGUCAGCGAAGAUGGCAACCUUGUCCUUUGUGUCAACGGUGAAAUUUACAACCACAAGCAAUUAAGAAAGCAAUUAAAGAAAUCACACACAUUCCAAACACAUUCUGAUUGUGAAGUUAUUAUGCACUUGUAUGAUGAAAUGGGUACCGAUCUUGUUCAACAUUUGGAUGGUAUGUUCUCCUUUGUCCUCUUAGACGUCAAGCGCAACCGUGUCAUUGCUGCUCGUGACCCUAUCGGUAUUACCACUCUCUACUAUGGUUGGAACUCCAAAAUGCCUGAAACCGUUUAUUUCUCCUCUGAAUUGAAGUGCUUGAACGAAGAAUGUGACAAGAUUCUUUCUUUCCCUCCUGGACAUAUCUAUGAUUCUGAAACUAAGGAAACCACCCGUUGGUUCAACCCUACCUGGUGGGAUGGAGAAAAGAUUCCUACCAAGCCUGUUGACUAUAAAUUGUUGAGAGAAUCUCUCGAAAAGGCCGUUCGUAAGAGAUUGAUGGCUGAAGUACCUUAUGGUGUUUUAUUAUCUGGUGGUCUUGAUUCUAGUUUGAUUGCCUCUAUUGCUUGUAGAGAAGCUGAAAAGAUUGCAAAGAGCGGUGAAGCAGAAGAUGAAGAUGGUUUCGAUAACAGCGGUCCUAGAUCUUGGGGUGGUGUCCAUUCCUUCUCCAUUGGUCUUCCCGGCUCCCCUGAUUUACUCGCUGCCAGAGAAGUUGCCAAGUUCCUCAAGACCAUUCACCACGAAUAUACAUUCACCAUUCAAGAAGCCUUAGAUGCCGUCAGCGAUGUUAUUUAUCACCUUGAAACCUACGAUGUCACUACCAUUCGUGCUUCUACUCCUAUGUAUCUUUUAUCCCGUAAAAUCAAAGCCAUGGGCGUCAAGAUGGUAUUGUCUGGUGAAGGUUCUGAUGAAGUCUUUGGUGGCUACCUUUACUUCCAUCAAGCCCCUGAUGCUGCCUCUUUCCAUACCGAAUGUGUCAACCGUGUCAAGAACUUGCAUACCUCUGAUUGUCUCCGUGCCAACAAGUCCACCAUGGCUUGGGGUCUUGAAGCACGUGUUCCUUUCCUUGACAAGGAGUUCUUGGAAGUCGCUAUGAACAUCAACCCUGAAGAAAAGAGACCCAGCAUUGCACAAAAACGUAUGGAAAAAUACAUCAUCCGUAAAGCCUUUGAUACCUCUGACGAUCCUCAAGCCAAGCCUUAUUUACCUGAAAACAUCUUAUGGAGACAAAAGGAACAAUUUUCAGACGGUGUCGGUUAUAGUUGGAUCGAUACUUUGAAGGCAGUGAGUCAAAACAAAGUGUCUGACGAAGAAUUGGCACAAGCUGGUUCCCGAUGGACCAAGGACACACCUGAUACAAAGGAAGCUUAUAUGUACCGUGUCAUGUUUGAACAAUGGUUCCCUCAAGCUGCUUGUACUGAAAGUGUUGUUCGUUGGAUUCCUCGUGCUGAUUGGGGUUGUCCUUCUGAUCCUUCCGGUCGUGCUCAAAAAGCCCACGAACAAGCCUACGUUAAGGAUAGCAAAUAAAUGUAAUCUCUCUCGCCCUCCUUUGUUUUUUCUUUGCUUAUUUCAGAAAUGUAGUCUAUUGUAUAUUUAUGUAAAGUAAACAAAGGAGACUUAGAAUACAUUUCUCUUUAUUAUAUUAAUAGACUCUUCUUAUAUUUAUUUGCUUCUCCAAACAAAACAAAACAAAAAAAAAAAAUGUACAGAAAUAAAAAGUAAUUAUGCU